AUGCCUAUUAAAUUCACCGUGUAUAAGGGUUCCAAGGAGGGAAUCCAACAGGCGGAGACCGAGCGACAAGACCUUAAAUCCGACGACGUACUCGUGCGCAUUACCCACUCUGGUGUUUGUGGGACUGAUGUUCAUUACCAAGGCGCCGACAUGGCACUCGGUCAUGAAGGGACCGGUGUGGUAGAGGCGACCGGUCCUGACGCGCAUCUCUUGAAGAAAGGCGACCGUGUGGGCUGGGGUUAUGAACACGACUGUUGCGGCCACUGCAAGCAAUGCCUCACCGGUUGGGAAACACUGUGUCGUGAGCGCAAGAUGUACGGCGACGCCAACCUCGACCAGGGGUCUUUCGGCACACAUGCCGUGUGGCGUGAGGCCUUUUUGUUCAAGGUUCCCGAUAAUAUGAGCAACGAAGACGCCGCUCCUUUGAUGUGUGGUGGAUCGACUGUUUUCAACGCUCUUCACGUGGCACAAGUUCGUCCGACGGCUCGCGUCGGUAUAGUUGGUGUUGGUGGUCUGGGACACCUGGCUAUCCAGUUUGCUGCCAAGAUGGGCUGUCAAGUCGUGGUGUUCUCGGGCACAGAUAGUAAGAAGGAGGAAGCGAUCAAGCUAGGAGCCGUCGAAUUCUAUGCAACCAAGGGUGUGAAAGACUUGAAGAUCUCAGCCCCCAUCGAUAACCUCAUUGUGACAACCAGCAGCCAGCCAGAUUGGCAACUCUACCUGAACGUCAUGGCACCCAAUGGUAUCAUUUCGCCGCUCUCCGUAGAUGCCAACGAUCUCAAGAUCCCGUACAUGCCAUUGCUUGCGAAUGGUCUUCGGGUGCAAGGAGGCAUCGUGUCCUCAAGACAAGUCCAUCGAGAUAUGCUCGCAUUUGCCGCAUUCCAUGGCAUCAAACCCAUCAAGAUGACCUUCCCUCUGACACGGGAUGGCGUGAAACAAAGUCUUCAAACCCUGGAAGAAGGCAAAAUGCGUUACCGCGGAGUUCUGGUGGCUGAGACAUAG